CAGCUCUCACUCUCCAGCUCCUCUCUCUUCCUCAUACUCCGAUCCCGUAAGAACGCGAGAAACUUUUCGACAAAAUGUCUGUACGAGUUCUGAACCCUAAUGCCGAGGUUCUCAACAAAACGGCGGCGCUUCAUAUGACAAUCAACGCCGCCAAGGGCUUGCAAGAUGUGCUCAAAUCAAAUCUCGGUCCCAAGGGAACAAUCAAGAUGCUUGUUGGUGGAUCGGGAGAUAUCAAGCUUACCAAGGAUGGGAACACUCUAUUGAAGGAAAUGCAAAUUCAGAAUCCGACUGCUAUUAUGAUUGCGAGGACGGCUGUUGCACAGGAUGAUAUUAGUGGUGAUGGUACUACUUCCACUGUUAUCUUCAUUGGUGAGCUCAUGAAACAGUCUGAAAGAUGCAUUGAUGAAGGUAUGCAUCCACGUGUCUUAGUUGAUGGUUUUGAGAUUGCUAAGAAAGCUACGCUUCAGUUCCUUGAGAACUUCAAGACCCCUGUGGUUAUGGGUGAUGAACCUGAUAAAGAGAUCCUAAAAAUGGUCGCGAGAACGACACUUAGAACAAAGCUGUACGAAAGCUUGGCUGACCAAUUGACUGACAUUGUCGUUAAUUCUGUUCUCUGUAUCCGGAAGCCUGAGGAAGGUAUUGAUCUGUUUAUGGUGGAGAUAAUGCACAUGCGCCACAAAUUCGAUGUUGACACACGAUUGGUCGAGGGGCUUGUUCUAGAUCAUGGUUCAAGGCACCCUGAUAUGAAACGUCGCGCUGAAAAUUGCCACAUCUUAACUUGCAAUGUGUCGCUGGAGUAUGAGAAGAGCGAAAUUAAUGCAGGGUUUUUCUACUCUAAUGCGGAGCAGAGGGAAGCCAUGGUUACUGCCGAGAGGCGAUCUGUUGAUGAAAGAGUUCAGAAAAUUAUCGAUCUCAAGAAAAAGGUGUGUGCUGGUAAUGAUAACAACUUUGUUAUCAUAAAUCAAAAGGGUAUUGACCCACCGUCAUUGGAUCUUCUUGCUAGAGAAGGGAUUAUUGCCCUUAGAAGAGCAAAGAGGAGGAACAUGGAACGUUUAGUUCUGGCCUGUGGUGGAGACGCUGUGAAUUCUGUUGACGACCUGACCCCUGAGUCGCUUGGAUGGGCUGGACUUGUCUAUGAGCACGUUCUUGGGGAGGAAAAGUACACCUUCGUGGAGCAAGUCAAGAAUCCUACUUCAUGUACCAUCCUCAUAAAAGGGCCUAAUGACCACACCAUUGCUCAAAUUAAGGAUGCUGUUCGUGAUGGUCUAAGAUCGGUCAAGAACACCAUAGAAGACGAGUGUGUUGUGUUAGGAGCAGGAGCUUUUGAAGUUGCAGCAAGACAGCACUUACUCAAUGAAGUCAAGAAAACUGUUAAAGGGCGUGCCCAACUUGGCGUUGAAGCUUUUGCAAAUGCCCUUCUCGUGGUGCCUAAGACACUUGCUGAAAACGCAGGUCUUGACACCCAAGACGUGAUCAUUUCUCUUACGAGCGAGCAUGACAAAGGAAACGUAGUGGGAUUGAACCUUGAGGAUGGUGAACCAAUUGACCCGCAGCUCGCUGGUAUCUUCGACAACUACUCAGUGAAACGCCAACUUAUCAACUCAGGGCCGGUGAUUGCAUCGCAGUUGCUUUUGGUGGACGAAGUGAUUCGUGCAGGAAGAAAUAUGAGGAAGCCUACUGCUUGA